CCAAAAUAAUGAAUCAUUUUUCAUUACUUUGAAGAAAGAAAAACAAUUUUGUUUUCUCUAAAAGAAAAACGCUAAUUUCGCUUUAAUUUUCCAAAACAAAUUCAUCCGAAUUUAUCUUAAAAAUUUUUAUUUUUUUAUUUCAUUUUCCAUAAAAAGUAAUCAAACUGGGUAACGAUAUGUCUGUCUCUGCAAUGGAAAAACACAUGUUUAAUCUAAAAUUUGCUGUCAAAGAUCUCGAACGACAGUCAAAAAGAUGCGAAAAAGAGGAAAAACUCGAAAAGGCCAAGGCAAAAAAGGCCAUCCAAAAAGGUAACAUGGAUGUGGCUCGAAUACAUGCCGAGAAUGCAAUUCGCCAAAAGAAUCAAGCUGUCAAUUAUUUGCGAAUGAGUGCUCGUGUUGACGCCGUUGCCAGUCGAGUGCAAUCGGCCUUGACAACACGAAAAGUCACCAGUUCGAUGGCGGGUGUGGUUAAGGCAAUGGAUGCAGCAAUGAAGGGAAUGAAUUUGGAGAAGAUAUCGAAUCUCAUGGAAAAAUUCGAAACGCAAUUCGAAGAUCUGGACGUACAAAGUUCGGUUAUGGAGAAUACAAUGUCGGAUACAACAACUACAUCUGUGCCACAGGGAGAUGUUGAUAGUUUGUUGCAACAAGUCGCCGAUGAAGCGGGAUUGGAAUUGAAUAUGGAACUACCAAGUGGUCCACAAGGUUCAACAAUUGGGGCAUCUACUCAAGUCUCACAGGAACAAGAUGAGCUUUCUCAGCGUCUAGCCCGCCUUCGACAAACCGAAUAAUCAAUUGAGACCGUGUAGAACCUACUCACUCCUUCAAUGUUUAAUCCAUGUAUAUUAUUUUUUAAGAGAAUCCUUCAGGGAUUAUUUAAAAGAAAAAACACAUUUAUAAUUUUUAUUUUCACAUUUUAUUAAUUACAAACUUAUUUGUUAAUCGAGAGCUUAUAAAGAAAGAACAAUAUAAAAAUAAAAACGCAGAUCUUUGUGGCUCAGUAGAAUCUUA